CUACUGGGCUCUCCUUGGUUUCUCUGCUAUCCAACUGUCUCCUGGAAAAGCCUGUCAUUUUCUGUUAUUUUCUGGUCUCUUCCUCCCCUCUCAUGUAGCUGCACUUGGUACAGUCCAAGCCGGCUCUGGAGCUGGAAUCCUGUGGGACUGCAGCUCAAAGAGAGGAGGCUAUGAAAUACCGGCGGCAGCGGCAGCAGGGAUAGCCGGCACCCUUACCUGAUCCAUCUACUGCCCUCGUCUUGUGAGCACUGGGCCACCCAAGUGUUCCCCUUGAGGUUCUUGGAUCAAUGCUUGAGUAGGAUGUGAUAGGGGAUGCUCCUUGCAUAAGCUUCUCAGAUUUUCGGUUUCCAGAGGGAAAAGAGGGCAGCUUAAUGAGGAGGCCCUGACAUUGCCAGGUCUGUAAGUGUUUCGAAAUAGAUCCACGGAGUGCCACGGUCCCGCCAAUUGCAGCCUGCGCGUUCCCUUCCAGGGCCGUCUCAUUGCCUGAAGCAUUUCCCUGUUGAUUUGCGCACCUCCAUGGAUGGCAAGUACAAAGAGAUUGCUGAGGAGUUAUUCUGCCGCUCAUUGGCUGAUAGUGAAAUGCGCAGUGCUCCCUAUGAAUUCCCUGAAGACAGUCCCAUUGAGCAGCUGGAGGAGAGACGUCAGCGGCUGGAGCGUCAAAUCAGCCAAGAUGUGAAACUAGAACCCGACAUUUUACUCAGAGCCAAACAGGACUUCCUGAAAAUUGACAGUGCUGCUGACUUACAAUUGUUCAAGGAGCAGGGUGAAGACGUGGUGGACCAUCUCCCGAAGGAACGAGAUGUACUUCUGGAGAGGGAAUUCCAGAGGGUCACUAUCUCUGGAGAAGAGACGUGUGGGGUUCCCUUCACAGACUUGCUGGAUGCUGCCAAGAGUGUAGUGAAGGCCCUAUUCAUCCGGGAGAAGUACAUGGGGUUUUCUCUGCAAAGCUUCUGCAAGACCACUGCUCGCUUCCUGCAAGACCUUUCUGAAAAGCCCUUGGCUCCCAGGAUGUAUGAGGAGAUCCCAGAAACCCCUGUGGCAGCAGAUGCCCCAGUACACCCACCAUUUACAGACCAGCACCCUUAUGAGAAGUGUGACCCAGCAUCAAUGCCUGGGGAUCUUGGAUUUGGCCUCAAGAUGGUCAAUGGGGUGGUUCAUGUGUACACCAAGCAAGACAUCAUAGACAAGAGCACAGAACUGGAUUUACCUUACCCUGACCUGCAAGAGUUUGUUGCUGACAUGAAUGUCCUUAUGGCUCUCAUCAUCAAUGGUCCCAUAAAAUCCUUCUGCUAUAGACGAUUGCAAUAUUUAAGCUCUAAGUUUCAGAUGCAUGUCUUGCUGAAUGAGAUGAAAGAGUUGGCAGCCCAGAAGAGGGUGCCGCAUCGUGAUUUCUACAACAUCCGGAAGGUGGACACACACAUCCAUGCAUCAUCUUGCAUGAACCAGAAGCAUCUGUUGCGAUUCAUCAAACGGGCAAUGAAGAAGCACCUGGAGGAGAUUGUUCAUGUGGAGAAGGGCAAGGAGCAAACCCUAAAGGAGGUCUUUGAGACCAUGAAUCUCACAGCCUAUGAUCUCAGUGUAGACACACUUGAUGUCCAUGCGGACCGUAAUACUUUCCAUCGGUUUGACAAGUUCAAUGCCAAAUAUAACCCUAUUGGUGAGUCCGUCCUGCGGGAGAUUUUCAUCAAGACUGACAACAGGGUUUCUGGAAAAUACUUUGCUCAUAUCAUCAAGGAAGUGAUGUCUGACCUAGAAGAGAGUAAGUACCAGAAUGCAGAACUACGUCUCUCCAUCUACGGCCGAUCACGAGAUGAGUGGGACAAGUUGGCCAAGUGGGCUGUGACACACAAGGUGCAUUCCAACAAUGUGCGCUGGCUUGUACAAGUGCCACGUCUCUUUGAUGUAUACAAGACAAAAAAGCAAUUGGCCAACUUCCAGGAGAUGCUGGAGAACAUCUUCCUGCCUCUCUUUGAAGCUACAAUCCAUCCUGCAAGCCACCCAGAAUUGCAUCUCUUCUUGGAGCAUGUAGAUGGCUUUGACAGUGUGGAUGAUGAGUCCAAACCAGAACACCACAUCUUCAACUUGGAUAGCCCCUUACCAGGCAACUGGGUGGAAGAAGACAACCCACCCUAUUCGUACUACCUUUAUUACACGUACGCCAAUAUGGUGGUACUGAAUCACCUGCGCAGGAAGAGAGGCUUCCACACCUUGGUGCUGCGCCCCCACUGUGGGGAGGCUGGGCCCAUCCAUCAUCUGGUGUCAGGUUUCAUGCUGACAGAAAACAUAUCGCAUGGCCUCCUGCUGCGAAAGGCACCUGUGCUCCAGUACCUCUACUACCUGGCCCAGAUUGGCAUUGCCAUGUCUCCACUUAGCAACAACAGUCUGUUCUUGAGCUAUCACCGUAACCCACUGCCAGAAUACCUGUCCCGGGGCCUCGUGGUCUCCCUAUCCACAGAUGAUCCUCUGCAGUUCCACUUCACUAAGGAGCCCCUGAUGGAGGAAUACAGCAUUGCCACACAGGUGUGGAAGCUCAGCUCUUGUGACAUGUGCGAACUUGCACGCAACAGUGUGCUUAUGAGUGGCUUCUCCCACAAGGUAAAGAGCUACUGGCUUGGACCCAACUACAUGAAGGAGGGGCCAGAGGGCAAUGAUAUCCGGCGCACCAAUGUCCCAGACAUCCGGGUGGCUUACCGCUACGAGACACUCUGCCAGGAGCUGACUCUUAUCACUCAGGCUGUGCAGACGGAGGAGUUGGAGACCAUCCAGGAGGAGGACCCUCUGACUAUGAGCUCCAGUCUGGAUGCUCGCUGAAGGAUUACAAUUUCCUAUUUGGCUCCACCAAGGUGAAGCCGUUUUGCAGGCAUGAGGAGAACUUGGACACCCACCCACUCCUGCCCCAUGAACCCUUUUAAUUUCCUGUUGUGUUUCCAUUUCAAAGCAUACUGUUACCUUCUCUCUCUCUUAUCCUGGAAAAGCCUUAAUGUUUUGUUUGCACUUGGUAAUCAUUUCUUGGCUGCUACUACAUUGCAUUCACCUUCAUGAAGUGGAACUGCAGGAGAUCGUCUGUGGACAGGGGAUCAUCUGUGGACCAUGGGUUGUAAAUGAUUCGUAACUCCCACUGGAGUCUAGAAUGAGAUCUAGGGAAGGGGGAGAGAGAGAAAGAACUUUCUGCAAAUGGAUGGAAGAUCUGGCCGUGUUUUUUGUGAGUGGAGGUCAAAAGUAAUGGAAGAACUUGAGCUAGGGACCUGUGACAACUUAUAGAAUGUGUGCACACUUGCACGUAGGCAAAACAAAACACCAGUGAGUAAGCAUGUAUCCUGGUUAUGUUUGCAAUGAGAGACUGUGUAUUUGGUCAAGUCAGAAGCUAAAGCAUCUUAUGCCACAUUCUGCUGACUUACAUGUAUUUUUAUGUUAUGUCCUCUCCUUGGCUGUUUCUAGCUACUAUUUCCUAUUGGCCAGUAAAAAUACUUCUUUUCAGGCAACCUUUUGCCAUCAGCAUAACCUAUCACUACAGUUCCUAUCACACAGUAAAGCCGCUCACUGUGAGUGAAAUAUGGCCAAGAGACAAGAGACUUUGCCUUGCUUUUACCACUUCCUGAACCAGAGGUGGGCAAAGGUGGAAGGUCUGGUGACCAUUUUUGGCCUCCAAAACCUUCACUGAACCACCAUCACCCUGCAAAAAUAGCGUAAGAUGCUCUGUCCUUGAAAAAGACUAAACAUUGCUCCUGAAAUUGCUUCAGAAGUAGAAAACAUGAUUUCUAAUAAGUGGAAAUAAAAUUAAGAUAGAGCAGAUCAGGAAGUCUCUAAAAGGCUCUAUCAACCUUAAAAACGACCCUGUAGGACACGAACUGAUUGCAGGCUGCACUUUAUCUGCCCCUGCUCUAAACCUUUAGUCUCUCUGGCUCAGGGAAAGCCCUAGCCUUUGAACCCCAGCCUUAGGAGGUAGAUUACUGGGAGCAGAAAGGAGCAAACCUCUAUUCUUGCUCACUAUAAUAAAGAGAAACUUGUGUGCCAGAUAUCUGUCACUUUUAACCAUUGUGUUUCUUUUAUGAACCUCUUUGACAUUCUCUACAGUCAUGUAACAUGAGAAAUUGUUGCAUGUCUUUAUUAAUGCUGUGAAUGUCAGCUAACAGUGGUUCUGCAACUGAAGGGUUAAGGCUGCUUCCUUUAUAUCAGAUGCAACAGUUGAACCUUGGAACCAAGAUGCUUAUACAACGUGAGAGAAACUGCCUUUGUGCUAUGAGCAAAAUGGAUCUACUGCAGAAAACCUGUGAUCAUUUCAGAGUUUUGUUUUCUUUCAUAAACCCAACUUUAAAGCAAAACUUUGAAAAGUUACUUUUCUGAACUUUAGAUUCAAGAUCAUCCAGCUGUUAUGACCACUGGGCAGAUUCUGGGAAUUAGAGUCCAAAAUGUAACAUUUCCAAGUUCUGAUUUGCAUUGGCUCCAGUUUAAACAGAUCAGUGGAGGAGUGAGGAGGAAAAUGUGAACCCAGCUUUCCCUACAUUGGCACCUUCUAGAGCAGCUGGAAUACAGGACCCAUAAUCCCACAGUCAGCAUAAGAAUAUAGGGGCUGUAGUUCAACAACUUUGGAAGACAUUAGAUUAGGGAAGAGCAGUUUCAGUCAAUUUCCCUGAUCUAAAUUGUUCCUCCAAAAUUCUUUUAUGUGAAGAACAAUGAAUACAGGAGCCUGCAUUAAAUCUGUAAUGUUGUUUUCUGUUUUAAAAGACAGUAGCAGUUUGGAGAAAUGAACUGAGAUUUUUAUAAAUGGUGCAGAAGGAAGAGUAAUGAUAAUACCAGCACUACUGUUUGAAUAUUUCUCCCUGGAGCUGCUUUUAACACUUUUAUUUCCUUUUAAAAAAAAUUUGAAGGAUUACUCACCUCUCUGUUUGGGCCACUGGUUAUUGCCUGAUGCAUGUCUCUACAGGAAAUGGUUUGCACUAAUCUAUCCUCUAUCAGAAUAUAGGUUGCUUCCCAAUCACUUGGGACUGGGGAGAAUGUCUAGCUCUCUUCGUCAUGCUUGUACUCGCCACCAAGGCAACCUUCUUUUCUUGACUGUAGUAGGUUGAAGAGGCAACCUCUGGUCAGGUCUCUUUUUCUCCCUGAAUAAUGCAUAUAUAGACAGGUAUCUUCUUUCAAUCUUGGCAAGAAUAAAAGCCAUAGAAAUAUUUCAGUUUUCUUACCAGCAAAGUUGCUGCUGUUCUAGGAGCAGACUAAAGCCUCAUGUUGGCUGAUAUACAUCUGAAGAGGGAACCUGCAGCAGCAUCUGCCCUCUUCUGAAGCUGUGUGAUCAGGAGUCAGGAGACCUCAACUAUCUUCGCUUUGCAUGUUGAGUUUUGCUCAAUGAAAUGCUCAUAGCCAGUGUAAGGCCUUUCCUUUUAAGAGUAUCGUCCACAGGUUUCUGGACAGAUGAUUCACUAAUUUACAACUUUUUAAGCCUCACCAGUCUUUUCAGAUCAGCUGUAAUAGGGAAUUCCUUAUUCCCUCCUAGAGUAGGAGACUAGCUUUGUAGAGUCUUUGUGCCACUCAGCCCCAAAACAAAAGCAGCAGUCAUUUCCUAAAGGUUGCCUCCCUCUUGCCGCUACCAUGUCUGUCCUUGCAGUUUCAACUCAGUACAAAAUGCAUUUCGUAAACCUUUUGGGGACAACAGUGACAGAUGCUGAGGAAUGCCUCCAAAGUAAGCAGAGAACUUGCAGUGCCCUCCCUCUAGGCUGCUGUGGACCAAAUUCUCAAAAUCUGUCUUGUAGCCAGUGCCUUGUUUAGAGUUGUGCGUGGAGUGUGCCAAGACAGGGUAGAUCUUCCUCCAGUGUGAUUCUACCUCUGAAAUUGAUGUGUGCUUUAUAUUGUCUUGUGAGAGCGUACAUGCGUGUGGGAGCCCCCAUUUUACAGGGUCAUUGUCUGUCUGGCAUCCCACCUCCAUGGUUUGGGAGGGAGGAAAUCUUUUCUCUGCAUUUCUAUGCUUUUGUUUGAGAUCUUGCUGAGUACCAGGAGAGCCUGGGGUGGGAAGGUCUUGUAACCAGCAGGUGUGCCUCACGAAUCUGAACCACAAUGUUUUGGUCUCAAAAAGGGUCAUUUGUGAAAAAACAGUUUUAGUCUGGCCCAGCAAGUAGAAUAUAACUGUUCUAUGCUAAGAGCAUCCUGUCUCCCUGCACCAGUCCCAUCUCUGUCCUCCUUGCCAGAACCUGCCUUGCUUCUCUUUGGUACCUUGAAGGUAUGUGCGCCUUGUUAAUUUUUUGCUUUGUUGUCAGUGGGCGAUGGAACUUGUAUCCUGCUGACCAUCACUGUAUCCUUUUCAUUCUGGUAAUUCUGUGUCAUUUGGAUGACUUCUAUGCUUGUUUGUGCUGACAUGUGGUGUAAGAAAUCCUAUCAAGCAUCAGCAUGAUACAUCAUUAAAAUUAUUUAAUUAAA